AUGUCUCAUGAACAUGACCGUGGUAACAUGUCCGUGUCAAUGCCAACACCAACAUCUUCUAGUUCAGUGUAUAAUCAUAGUACGAACAUGAAACAAAAAACCAUGCACAUGACCUUUUUCUGGGGUAAAGACGUUGUGGUACUUUUCCAAGGAUGGCCAGAUGACCGGCUUGGCAUGUACAUACUGGCUCUAGCCUUUGUGUUUUUGCUCGCAGUUGCAGUUGAAGUCUUAGCGGUGUCUCCACCCCUGAAGCCUGGGGCACAGCCGGUGUCUAUUGCUUUGAUUCAGGCCAGUGUUUACGCAGUUCGAAUGGCUCUUGUUUACUUGGUUAUGCUCUCUGUUAUGUCCUUCAACCUUGGCAUCUUCAUUGUAGCUGUGGCCGGCCAUGCCCUCGGCUGUUUUCUAGUCAAAUAUCGAGCACUUCGCAUGGCUUCUCAGGCUGAGGCCAUUUCAGAUGCAAGUCCUAAAUUUUAA